AGACGCACUGGCGGGAAAACGCGGCAUGCAAUAUGCGUAAAAGUCAGAGCGUGGGUGAAAACGGAGCUGUGAAAAUAUCGGGGUGGAUUUGAUAAUUACCACAAGGCUUUUGGAAACCUGCAGCGUGUUGUGGAAUUUAUUUGAGACGUUGGUCAACGUCAACUGAUUUCUCGCAGACUGCUCAAGGACUUUUAUAAUAGCCCACAAUCGACGAAGUAUUACAAAGGGCGACUUCACGGGAUACGUUGCAGCUAUUGUAUAUUUACGCACAGCUGACUAUUUCUUUGCGGAUGUGCUUUUACCAUCGAUAAGAUAUUUUGUGUUCCGGUGCAUUGCAGCCCUAAUGACCCGACGGUGAGAAGUUGCAGAUAAGAACUGAAGUUGCUCUUCCACUCAUGAGAUGCCCGGAGCCAACGCUAUAGCGCCGUUUCGUGAUCAUUGGGAAAUGGAGUUUGACCGCUAUCAACAUUAUUUUUACGACCGCCUUGACACUGAAGAGGAUUUCUUUAAAUCUACAGCGCCGAGCGAGGAUAUAUGGAAAAAAUUCGAACUCUUGCCCACCCCUCCCAUGUCUCCUACACGGACACUCGAUGCCGCUGCUGUGCUGCCGUCACCCGAUAAACUGGGAUGGGCUUCCAAGCUUUUGGCACAAGAUGAAGACUUUGAGGAGUGCUACAAAAUUGACUCUAAAGACAUUUUUGGAAACCUUAGUUCUAUAAUCAUCCAGGACUGCAUGUGGAGUGGUUUUUCAGCAAGUCAUCGGUUGGAGAAAGUCGUGGGUGAGCGCCCACUGAUCAGACCUCUGCCCAGCAUGCAAACCAGUGCCCUCACCGCAAAGGCCACUAACAGUGUGGCUGACACGACCGUCAUCUGUGCUCCUGCAAGAGACUGCGUGAACCCGACUGCCGUCCUCAACAUCCCCUGCAAUAACCUUAAGAGGAUGGCAUCCUCGGGGUCAGAGUCUCGUGCUGACACGUCCGAUGAUGACGAUGAAGACGAUGAUGAGAUUGAUGUGGUAACUGUGGAGAGCCGACCAAACAGAACCCUUGUCCCUGUGACCAUCACGGUGACCGGGGAUCCUCAUGGCCCCGGCACCAAACGCUUCCACGUGUCCGUGCACAGGCAGCAACACAAUUAUGCGGCGCCAUCACCGGACAGUGACCACGAGGAUGCAGAACACGGUGAUGGUGAUUGCGACCAUGACAACCAUGACGACGACGACGAUGACGAUGAUGAUGACUACGACGACAUUGACCUUGGCCUCCCAUCCAGGAAGCGGCCCCACCUGGAACAGGAUCACCUGUCCUCCUCUUCCUCCUCGUCGUCGCCCAACAGCCCGCACAGCUCCGACUCCGAAGAUGUCACCAUGGGCGAGCGGCGGCGCAACCACAACUUCAUGGAGCGCAAGCGGCGCAAGGACCUGCGCUCACGCUUCCUGGCCCUCCGCGACCAGAUCCCCAGCUUGGCCGACUCCACCAAGACCCCCAAGGUGGUGAUCCUCACGCGGGCCGUGGACUACCUGCUGCAGCUGCACACCCGCGAGCACGCCCAGGCCCAGGAGAGGAGGCGAUUGCGGGCCCGGCAACAGCAGCUCCUGCGCCGCCUCAGUAGCCUGAAGAAAGGCAAACCCACAACAAACACUUAGAGCAGCAGGGAUGCUGGAUGCUAAAUGCUAACAGUCCCUACUUGAGUAACAUGCCAGAGCAGCCCUCCCCAAACUACAGUGCAAGAGCCUUUGGUUGCUGAGUAAUAUCACAAGGACACCACACAUGAACAUGGGCUGAAGUGAAACCAACAGGGCUAUUGGGGAGGCACUAAACAGACAUUGCUUUUCGACAUGUGCCACGCUGGGGGAGAAAAGGUUGUGUUUUUGUUAUGGGAGCUGUACAUUAAUUGGACAUUCUCUGGCCAUGGACUUCUAUGUGGGAAGAUGUCCUUUUGCGGUGAACCAUAGAUUUAGGCCUUGUCUAUGGGGUCGAUUCUUGACUCCAUUGGCAAGUUGGAGUUUUCAGUUGGACAGGUGUGUGUGUGUGUGUGUGCGUGUGUUUGUAUAGAGAAGAGCUUGUACAAAAUCACUCUGAAACUUGCACAUUUUGUUAUGAAUUUCAUCUGUACAAAUGCCACUGUAAAUACAGAUUCUAUCUGAGGACUACCUCUUGACCUGUAUAGAAACUACACGACUACUUAAGAUGAAAUAUAUUUUGAUAAAAAAAGAACACCAAUCAGAAUGGGUGUUAAAUAAAAUCCACUACCAUUA